GCAGUGACAAACGGACAUGAGACACACCGGUGCUGCAAGACGCAUUCCAUGGGUCAGAGGAUUAGGACUCCGCGUCUUGAAUCGAGGGGGAUCCCGUUCAUGAAUAUCCCGGCCGGCCUCUAUGGUAACGGGCUUAUAACUGGUGUAAUGCCCUUCACUAGGGAUCUCCGACACAUCUGUCUUCGUGUUUUAUUCAGUCAAGACUUAUUUUCGCUUAACAACAACCAUACGGGAGCAUUCAUCACACGCCGGGAAACAUGUCGACUUCUACUACUACUCAGAAUCCGAACAUCGGGGCAAACCUACCGAUACCCACGGAGAACAAGGGUACAAACAACCCAGAUUCUGGCGACCUCAUUGACACUGCUACGGCUAUGUCCGCCCUCGUGGAUAUCCUUGAUGGUCAGCCCAACACGCCUCCCUCGCUGUAUAUCGACCUCGAGGGAGUUUACCUUUCUAGACAUGGCACUAUAUCCAUUCUUCAAAUUUACGUUCUGCCUCGUCGCAAGGCCUACCUCAUCGACGUCCACAUCCUCGGUGAAAAGGCGUUCUCCACCCACAGUUCAACCACGGGCCGUACCUUCAAGGACAUUUUGGAGUCAGAGACGAUCCCUAAGGUCUUCUUCGACGUCCGUAACGACUCGGAUGCGCUAUUUAGCCACUUCCAGAUCCGUCUCGCAGGCGUCCAGGACCUGCAGCUGAUGGAGCUCGCUACGCGCACGUAUUCGCGGAGGGUCGUCUGCGGGCUGGCCCGCUGCAUUGAGCGCGAUGCCGCUCUGAGCACGUCGGCGCGGAGUUCCUGGAUGGCCACCAAGGAGCGAGGCACCAGACUUUUUGCGCCCGAGCGUGGGGGCAGUUACCAGGUGUUCAAUGAGCGGCCUCUCAAUGAGGAAAUCAGACGCUACUGUGUUCAGGACGUCCAUCUCCUCCCCCGGCUGUGGGCGCACUAUCACGGUAAGCUCACGAAGGAUUGGAAAAGAAGGGUGCUUGAGGCGUCGCGGGACAGAGUGGCGCUGUCUCAGACGCCCGGGUUCAAUGGUAAAGGACAGCAUAUGGCACUGGCACCGGCUGGUUGGUCUUGGAUGUAAUCUAUUCUGCGGCGCGGACGCGAAGACGGCACAAGUCGCGGUCAGGCACUGUCAGUGGGACUUGAACGAGCAGCGGGGCGGGCUGUUCCUGUGGCAUGGUCGCCAGCAGGUCCCUUAGGUUUCUGGGCCACUGGGUAGUUUUAGCUUUUUGGAGGUCAAAUGAGUUACAAAAGCAAGCCACUCAAUAUUUGACGGGUAACGUCGCUCUAGCUU